GAGGGUGCUUUUCCCAGGUGAACUACAGUGUUUGAAUACAGUGGACACAGGAUUUUCUGGGACAUUCUGUCUGUUUCCUGUGGGUGGCUGUUUCCUUUAACACUUUAACAGGAAUCCAGGUAAUUGGACUGGAGAAUUCGAUACUACGAUGGAGCAGCUGAGAGUGGCCAUUGUCACAGUAAAUUCUACCGGAGUGGACGCAGGACUAGCCACAGGAUUAUCAACAUGGAUUGCUGCAGCCAUGAAUCAUCUGAAGGAAUGGCAUCCUUUUCUCAACACAGUCAUGGGUCAGCUCUUCUCUGAUACAUCUGAAAAUGAUGACAAGACAGGUUUGGAGUCUAGUUUCAACAAAUAUUUUAAGAAUAUUAAUACAGAAAGCAAAAUCAUUUCUCCUGAAACAAUCAGUUUAAUUGAGUUACAACUGAAAAAAGGUAACAUUAACGGGGUAUACUCUGUAAUCACUGAUGCAUUAGAAAAUAUUGAGAGUGUCCCAAUAAAUGUUGCUGUGACAGGAGAGUCUGGAACAGGGAAGUCCAGCUUCAUCAAUGCCUUGAGAGGGGUUGGAGAUGAGGAGAAAGGUGCAGCUGAAAUUGGGGUGGUAGAGACAACCAUGAAAAGAACUCCUUACAAACACCCCAAAAUCAAAACUUUGAAUUUAUGGGACCUGCCUGGUAUUGGAACUCUGAAAUUUCCACCAGAAGUUUAUCUGGAGAAAAUGAAAUUCAAAGAAUAUGACUUCUUCAUUAUUGUUUCUGCCAAUCGUUUUACAAAACAUGAAUUAGACCUCAUCAAAGCAAUCAGAAUGAUGAAAAAGAACUACUACUUUGUGAGGACAAAGGUGGAUAUAGAUUUAAGAAAUGAAAAGAAAUCCAAACCACGCACCUUUAACAGAGAAAAGACCCUGGAGCAGAUCCGAAGCUCCUCUGUGAAUAGCUUUAGUGAUAAUAACAUGGAUGUACCUCCAGUUUUCUUGAUCUCUAACCAUCAUUUACAUGACUAUGAUUUUCCAGCCCUGAUCAACACCCUGAUUAAGGAUCUUCCUGCUCAAAAGCGCCAUAAUUUUAUGCUUUCCUUGCCCAAUAUUUCAGAGGCAGCCAUUGACGAAAAGCACAAGUCUAUGCAUCAGUUUAUCUGGCUGGAAGCCAUCAAAGCCGGAGUUUUGGCAUCUAUUCCUUUAGUAGGCAUCUUCAGAGAUAAUGAUGUGGAGAAACUGAAGAAGAAUUUAAAACGCUAUCGAGACCUCUUUGGAGUGGAUGAUGAAUCCCUGGAAUUCAUGGCUAAGGAUUUUCAAGUGCCUGUCGAAAAUCUGAAAAAAAUCAUUAAAUCUCCUUAUUUGUUGCAAACUAAGAAAGAUGAAACAUUAGCAGAAAAGCUUUUGAAAUAUUUGGAGAUAUUUGCAUCAGCUAAUGGUGGGCUCCUGGCAACAGGUCUUUACUUUAGGAAAAUCUUUUACUUGCAAUUUCAUUUCCUUGACACUGUGACUGAAGAUGCCAAAGUUCUCCUUAGAGAGUCAUUCAGAAGGGGAUCAAACAAAAAACAUGUUUACAUCUACAACACUGGGCCCUCCUUUUUAUUGCAGAGGGCAAUAAAAAGUUCUAAGAAACCCUAAUAAACUCACUGGAUCAUCAAA